AUGUGCGUUACUGCAGGAUACCUGGAAGUGUAAAUCGGGCCGCGGAAAAAGGUGGGGAUAUGGCAGCUGUAAAUGCCCCUCGGGGCGUAUCUCUGCGAGAAGCCACCCAGCGAAGGUUGCGGAGGUUUUCAGACCUGAGAGGCAAACCUGUGGCAGCUGGAGAAUUCUGGGACAUUGUUGCAAUAACAGCAGCUGAUAAAAAGCAGGAGUUUGCUUAUAAGCAACAGCUGUCAGAGAAGCUUAAAAAAAAGGAAUUACCCCUUGGAGUUCAAUACCAUGUUUUUGUUGAUCCUGCUGGAGCCAAAAUUGGAAAUGGAGGGUCAACAUUUUGUGUCCUUCGAUGUUUGGAAAAGCUAUAUGGAGAUAAAUGGGAUUCUUUUACCAUCCUAUUAAUUCACUCUGGUGGCUACAGUCAACGCCUUCCAAAUGCAAGUGCUCUGGGGAAAAUUUUCACUGCUUUACCUUUUGGUAAACCUAUUUAUCAGAUGUUAGAAUUAAAACUAGCCAUGUACAUUGAUUUCCCCUCACAUAUGAAUCCUGGGAUUCUGGUUACCUGUGCAGAUGAUAUUGAACUGUAUAGUAUCGGAGAAUCUGAGUUUAUCAGAUUUGACAAGCCUGGCUUUACUGCUUUAGCUCAUCCUUCUAGUUUGACUGUAGGUACCACGCAUGGAGUGUUUGUCUUAGAACCUUCUAAUUGUUUAGAAUACAAAGACCUUGAAUACAGAUGUUGCCAUCGUUUCCUUCAUAAGCCCAGCAUAGAAAAGAUGCAUCAGUUUGAUGCUGUGUAUAGACAUGGAAGUUUUUUACAGCGGGACUUUUCUGGAGGUGACAGUCCCUCUCUUAAAUUAGAAUCUGAGUAUGUAUAUACAGACAGCCUAUUUUACAUGGAUCACACAUCAGCAAGAAAGUUGCUUGCUUUUUAUGAAGAAAUAGGCACACUGAACUGUGAAAUAGAUGCCUAUGGAGAUUUUCUACAGGCUUUGGGAUCUGGAGCAACUGCGGAGUAUACUACAAACACAUCAAAUGUUACUAAAGAAGCAUCAGAGUUGGUAGACGUGAGGCAGAGAAUAUUUCAUCUUCUUAAAGGGACAUCACUAAAUGUUGUUGUUCUUAAUAACUCCAGAUUUUAUCACAUUGGAACAACUGAAGAAUAUUUGUUUCACUUUACUUCACAUAGCAGUUUGAAGUCAGAGCUUGGUUUACAGUCCAUAGCUUUUAGCAUCUCUCCAGCAAUACCAGAAUGCUCUGGUAACACAUCCUGUAUCAUUCAAAGUAUAUUGGAUUCAAGAUGUUCUGUGUCACGUGGCUCAGUUGUGGAGUAUUCCAGAUUGGGGCCUGAUGUUUCUGUUGGGGAAAACUGCAUUAUUAGUGGUUCUUACAUCAUAACAACAGCUGUCCUGCCUGCAUAUUCCUUUGUGUGUUCCUUAAGCUUGAAGAUGAAUGGGCACUUAAAAUAUUCAACUAUGGCAUUUGGAGUGCAAGACAACUUGAAAAAGAAUGUUAAAAAACUGUCAGAUAUAAAGUCACUUCAAUUCUUUGGAGUCUGUUUCCUGUCAUGCUUAGAUAUUUGGAAUCUGAAGGUUACAGAGGAACUCUUCUCUGGAAACAAGACAUGUUUGAGUUUGUGGAGUGCUCGUAUCUUCCCAGUUUGCUCCUCUUUAAGUGAUUCAAUUACAACAGCCAUAAAGAUGUUAAAUGCUAUACAAAACAAGUCAACAUUCAGCCUGAAAAACUGUAAGCUGUUGUCCAUUGAAGAAAUGCUCAUUUACAAAGAUGUAGAAGACAUGAUAACCUCCAGGGAGCAAAUUUCUCUAGAAAUUACUUUAAAUAGAAAACUGUCUGAUUUAGAGACAUCUUAAAUAUUGUAUAAUUUGACUUUCUUGAUUAAGCAAGAUUGCAAAUACAAGGGUUAUCUGUAGAUGUUUGUUUUAUCGAAAUGUUUAAUGAAAAUUAUAUUAACAUAAUUGCUGCAAUAUAACAUUAAUAACAAAAAUACAGGUAAACCACGUUUGAAGAAAGAAUAUUUCCAGGAUCUAAGUUCCGAAAAGGGAUUUGGGGAUGUUGAUUCUUUUAAUUAAGAUGGGUUUAUGGAGCAUUGUUUCGUUCACAUAAUACUGUAGUGAUUUUAAAGAUCCUUUUCUAAACAUACCUUUAGAGUUGUGUUUUUAUCUUUUGGGUUUCAGUUCCAAUAAAGGUCUAAAUGCUUGUCAGUUUUCUCCUCAAAUGUAGUAAUUCUAUUCUGAACUAAUAAAAAUGGCAUACUGUAGAGUCCUCAGCACUGGACAAUACUGUAGAAGUACAUUUUCAGGAACAGAUUUAUAGCUGACUUUGAGAUUAGAUUAAUGCUUAAAAUAUUGUAAUUAUUUUAAUUGAUGAAUGACGAACAGCUCUGAAAUUAAUGAUAAAAAUCUGUCUCAUUGUUCUUAUGAAAAUGAAACAAAAAGGGCAUAUGUAUUAUUUUGCCCUUGAACAUAUGUUCAAGUUUAUAAGGUUGAACUUGUGUUCAAGGGCAAACUUGAACGUGUAUGUAUAUCUUAAAAAUUAUUCUGUAAAUUUCCAUGCAUAGGAAAGCAUACACACACAAAACUCAAUUAUCUGUGUGGAAAAGAUGGUGAGAAUAACUGGGAUUUACUGAUAAUAAUAUGUUUAUUUUGGACAUUACUUUCGUCCUCUAGUUAAUCCCUUUAACAAAACUGUUCAAUUGCCAGAUGGACUGGUUUUACUUUCUGUUUCUUGUUUUGUCAUGCACUAGUGAUGAUGUUGAGAGGCAACAAAUAGCCAAAGGGUAGACAGCAGAAAGGAGCAAGAAGACUAGGAAGGCAGAAAAUAUACAGACGACAGCUUCAAGAAAAUAAAAACUGGCUUGCGUCCCAAGUUUUCCUAUUUUGAUAAAAGCACGCGUGCUAAGUGUCUCUAUCAAAGUCUAGUAUUAGAGAAAAAGAGUUGUGAGAGGUUUGUGUUUUAACAUGGGUAAAUUGUAAUAAGACCUGGUCUGUGCCACUUUUAUUUAUAUAUCAAAUGUCAGAAUGAAAAUAAUUAUUUGAUAAACCAGAAGCGACUUGUCUGCAACCUUAUUAAUGGUAUUUGCCUUUUUUUCCCAUUUUUCAAGGUUCUUUCCAAGGACAAAAUUAAUUCAUAUGGUAGCUCUUGUUUAGCAUUUACUGAUUGACUUGCACAAAUUGCGGAGGAUAUUAUGUGUUUAUCAUAUAUUAAAUGUUCAAUACUGUAUUUCACAGUAUAAUCUAAAUCUAUAUAAUCUUUAUGUUUCACUGUACAACCUAUAGUGUCAUCAGUUAUUAAGAAUCACCAUUUUAUGUUCCAUAAAAAAGAAAAAACACUACCAGUAAAAUAUGAUUCAAUA